AUGCUUCUGGGCAGAGUCAUUGUGGCGGGAAUUCGACUACUUCGGUACCCGAUCCAACGAUGCUCAAGUAAGUUCGUGCUUAGUAUAGCUCCCUACUCCGUCGGCUCAGAGAUAAAGCUUCGUGAUUACCAGGAAACCGCUGUUCAUAAAACACUAUCUGCCUUAGAGAGAGGUCUCAAGAGACCUGCGAUUGUGCUAGCCACUGGUGGUGGUAAGACGGUUGUGAUGUCUCACUUGAUUCCGCAGUUAAAAAGCAUCAAUACUGGAGAUAAGGUUCUUGUUUUGGCGCACAAACAAGAGCUUGUCAGACAAGCAGCCUCUACAAUAUCAAAGAUUAUACCAGGUGCAAGACUAGGGAUAGAUAUGCUGACAUCAAAGCCAGAUAUACACGAUAAAGAUAUCGUAGUCGCGUCUGUUCCCACACUUGUUUACAAGACUCGUCUUGAUAGAUACAAUCCUGCGGACUUUAAAGCUAUCAUUCUUGAUGAAUGUCACCAUGCAACUGCACACUCUUGGAUGAAGAUCCUCAAACACUUUCAGGCACUAGAUGAAGGUCUGAAAAUAUAUGUGAUCGGAUUCACUGCCACUCUAGAACGAGCUGAUGGUAUAAGUCUAGGACAAGUAUUUCAGGAAAUAGUUUUUGAGAGAAACUUGAUAACGAUGAUACGAGCGAGAGAGCUUUGCGAUGUGAGGCUUUCCAAAAUCAAUGUCGACAUUGACUGGAGCAAACUUCGAACACAUCAGGGAGACUUUGUUCAAAAAGAACUCGCCGAAGUUGUCAAUAAAGAUGAUAUCAAUGUCACAGUGACAAGGGGUCUUAUGCAACUAAAGAAAAAGCAUAACUUGAAGUCGACCUUGGUCUUUUGUGUGGACAUUGCUCAUUGUAAAACUCUUUGUGGAGUUUUACAACGAAAUGGUGUCAAAGCACAAUAUGUCACUGGCAAUACUGUGGCCCACGAAAGGAGAGCAAUCUUGGAGGAUUUCCGUAGAGGGGAAAUUGAGGUUCUAUGCAACGUUCUCGUAUUUACUGAAGGGACUGAUAUUCCGAAUAUAGACUCUUUGGUUCUUGCUCGUCCUACACAAUCCAAGUCACUCUUGAUUCAAAUGAUAGGCCGUGGUCUUAGGCUACAUCAGGAUAAAAGUGUUUGUAAUGUGAUAGAUAUGGUAGACGCGACUCGACAUGGAUUCAACACCACAGCAACUCUUCUUGGAAUAGAAAAAGAACUUCAAGCUAAGGGUAUGGCCGAGGAUGAGAUCACGAGUAGAAUGGAAGAACUUCUCGACAACGCUGUGUUGGUUAACGCAGCGGAGAAUGAACAGAAGAGGUUAGAUGAAGAACGACAAGUGUUUGAGGUUCUGCAACGUCUCAAACACCUUGGACUCAAGUUUGAAACCAUUGAAGGCUUCGCCGAGCUUGAGAAGUCUAAAACCGAUAAGCUCAUGAAUUCUCAAGAUAUCAACCAAGCUCUACGGAACAGUAAGGUCACUUGGGCAAGACUAGGGUACAGCCGGUGGGGAGUGUCCGUUGGUCGAGAGAACUUUGUUAUAAAUCGUGAGGAAGAUCAGUUUGUCUUAUCAGAAUUGACAUUUGUACCACUUGAGGUGAUAUUUGCAAGCAAGUUUAAGUCUGACCGUUUCCGAUUGAGACCAAUACGAAAGUCCAAUAAUAUUAAGGAGUUGAUAUUGGCUGCUGAGAACAUCUUGUAUGGUAAGGUUUUGAGGUCAGGAUUCAAAAGCAGACCCGUCACUACUAAACAAGUCAACUUUAUUGUUAGCAAGCUUAAAGCGAAAGCUAAGACCAUAUACGACAAGACUCCAGAAGAUAUCGCCUCGGAAGUAUGCCGAUGGCGAUUGGGGCGUGCCAGCAACCUUAUUCUUGCAGCCAAAAUAUCUGUGAAUAGUCUAUGGGUGAAGUGGGAACUUGCACACAUGUUUGGUUACAGUAAGGACACGGAAGGCCGUAUUAAAAAAAUGGCGAAACAGAUUGAUAAAGAUUCCAAAUUAUCAGAGAAUUUCAUACCAAGAGGGCCUGGGAGCAGAGUCAGAGAGGCGAUUCUCGAAGCAGAAAGGGCACUCGGGAGAAUUGCAGAGACGAACGCUUGUUCCAUUAAAGAUGGCGAUCCCGAGGAACUGAAAAGUGACUCUUCAGGGUAG